AUGUUCAAGAUUGUCCUAGUAAUCAUAUUACUUAUAACAAGUGUCCUGGGGGUACUUCCAGAUCAUAAUGAAGUUGAUAGGUCUAUACUUAAAGUGUCAACAAGAACCCAUGAUAAACAUCUUAUAAUCCAAACGUUACAAGAUGUAGCCGAUAAAAUCACAUUAAGGCCCGAUAAUUCUGCCCGUUUUCAAUUAUGGAAUGGUGAAGAUGAUAGAACAUGUAUUGAGGGAUCUUCUAUAAAGUAUUACAUUCUGAAAAUUGAAUUGACUGACAAAAACUUGGAGGCAAGUGAAUGCAGAAUUAACUUGAAUGCAAAUUUCCAAGCUGUGCUUGAACCAACGCCGAAUAUCCACUUACUAUUCCUUUCUAAUAAAGAUGCCAUAGACACUCAGUUAAAGAUUAACUUGUUGGAUGAAUUCAGUUUGUAUUCACAGUUCAAAGAGUACAAAUUUAAUGAUUUUGGUAAUUUGAAUUAUGAUUUGCAAUGCGUUAUAGAUUAUCAGGAAAUAAUGCAGGUUCAAUUCAAAGAAACAAUAAUUGAAGUUACAUUGGAGAGAAAGAUUGAUGUACAUGAGUCAUGCGGAUUCAACCAGUUGAAUAACCAAUUUCCCGGAUAUUAUAAGGAUAGUGACAUCGUUCAACUUCCAGUGAAUGGUACAUUCUACUGUCAUCGAGGUAAAUCCUCUACAUGUAAUCGAGCAAUUGCUGAAUAUAAAGGCUCAAGGUAUAAACUUCCUGAUUGAAAUAAUAUUUAUAUAAUUAUUUUGUUUACAUGAUAAUUUCAUAUUUGAUGUCGUUUUUCAACUCCUUAUGUGGCAACACCACAGAAUUGUAGACAAAUACUUGACUCUUGACCACAGUUCCUUGACACAAUAUCACAAUAUUAUUAAGUAACUUCAAGUAUCCUUCUGACGCAUUAGGGUUGGCAUUCUCUGCAAGAGUUUGUGAGGUAAUGGUACCUUCGAUUCUACACCAUUUACCAAUCUUGGCGCCGCUGGAAACAAUAGCAUUUUUGAUAAUGGUGUUGUCGCCAAUAGACACGUCAUCGGCAAUAAUACAAUUGGCUAAUCUAACACCAGAACCAAUAGUGACAUUUUUUCCAAUAGAAACAUUAGGACCAAUCUUGCUGGAACCAGCUUGUGAUAAAUCUGAAUCAAGAAUUUGCACCGGUUUCAAGAUUUCAACAGUGGUGCUUACACUUGUAUUGCAUGCACCUUUAGCAAGGAAGAAAUUAUUUGCAAGCAAUGCCGACACUGGUGAUUUUAAUUGAUACCAGAAAUCAUCAGAUUGAUACACGGUGAAUUUUGUCUCUGGAACCUGAGGUAAGGUUUUGAACACAUCCAAUUCUAAUGAAAGAACGUUACUCUUUGAGUCUUCCAAAUCCACGUCGUCUACAAGUUGAUUUGAAGUUUCCUUUUUGAUCUUUGCUUCUUGUAACAAAUCCACAAUCGAACGGUCAAAUAUGUAGAUACCUCCGUUCAACAAAAUACGAUACUUGGUAUCCUGUCUAAACAUGGAAAUGGUUGAACUUGGCUUUUCCACAUAAUGAAUGAUAUCAGAAGUAGAUCUUUUAGCAACAAUAGCACCGUAGUUUUGUAAAAUGAAUUCAUCAUCAGGCACUUCACCUGAGGCAUUCAGAAGGGCGCUUGAUUUCUUGGUAAAUGUGACUGGAUCAAGACCGAAAAGAGUGAUGUUCGACUUUUCUUUGUCAUACGAUUCCAACAUUUUCUUGAAGGGGUAAUCACAAAUGACAUCACCGUGAAUCAUAAGCAAUUUACAAUCUUGGGACGUGAAAAUUUCUUCUCUAAAAUGGUAGAGACCACCAGCAGUUCCCAAUGGUUUAGGUUCGGUCAAAUACUUGAUUUUCAACUUUGGAUAGACCGAAUUGACUUGCUUGAUGUAAUUUUGAAACACCAGACUGUCUUUGAAGAAACCAAUCAAUAAGAUUUCUGAGAUUUCGUCACUCAAUUGCUCAACUAAACUAUCAAUUAUAUGGGUGAUUAAAGGUUUACCGCAAAUUGGAAAUAACAAUUUGGGCCCUUCCAUGGAAAGAGGUCUGAAUCUGGUACCAGUGGUUUCACCACCGACUAAAAUAAGAACUUUCAAUGCCAUUAUUACUGUAUUACUUCUAUAGAGAAACUAAAGAGAAGAGCAAAGAAAUCGGGUUUCUAAUUUCGCAUGAUUGCCAUCCCCCCUGUUUUAGUGGGAGAACAAUGCACCGAAAAACUCAUCCCCCAAUUGCCCCACAAAAUAUUCAUAGUCACAAAACCAAGAAAUAUUUCAACCAAGUGCUAAUUCCUUAUUCAUGAAAUGCUUGACUAUGUCGAUAGCAGCAAUAGAAUCCUCAGCACUAUCAUGCUCACCAAUUUGAAUGUUUCGGCUUAGAAAUUUGAAUGCUAAGUCUUUAAGACUCCAUCGAAACGUAGGACUAGGUUGAAACUUUGGAUAUAAUAUACUGGUAUCGAUUAUUUUGUCGUGGAUUAACCUCAUUGCAUUCAUAUCAUUUUCUAAUCCAUGGCCUAUUAAUAUCGUAUUCAGAUCCAUUACUUGUCCCAAUUGCCUAAGCAGCUCGUCAAACAGAACAAACUUGUCGUUGAUCUCGGAAAUACCGGAAAAUCUCGUAUUCAAGUCAACCACUUCACCAAAGGGAAGUACAUAUACGUCCAAUACUGUGGCGUUAGUAAAGAAAUCUACAGCAGUAAUUCUCAUUAGCUCGAACCCUUUCGUAGUGAAUCCCAUCUCACAAUCAAUUCCAAGAACAGGAUACUCCUCUCUAGUUUCUUUAAACAAGUCUCGGGUGAACUGAUACGGAAUUGACUUUUGUUUCUCUUCCACAGUAUCCAAUAAAUAUACAUGAUGUUUGGCAACCGAGCAAGGGUUUUGGUUUUCUUCAGCCAUACAACAUUCAUGAUAUCUCAGACGAUCUUGCUUGCGUCGAAUCUUGCCACAAUGAUAAUGGCAUUCAAUUGGUUGUAACUGCUCACUUGUUUGAAAUUGAGUACCACAUCGACUACACUUUCUUGAAAGCGAUUCUUCAGAAUCUUCCACUUUAGGAAUAUCCAUCACAAAUCCGAACUUGCUUAACUUUUCUGUUGAUAUCGACCAUUUUCUCAAGAUCUCCAAUUGUUCUUGCUUGGAUGGGGUCUUUGGUUUCGGCUUAUACUUCUCGGGAUGGGAAAGUUUGUGAAUUCUUUGUCUGAUUAAGGUUCCAUAUGUCGAAGAAGUAGCAGU